AUGUCUUCGCGACGUGACCGAACCGCUCAGGGCUCGCGGGCUCAGGCCGCGAACCUUGAUACCGCUGGUGAUCUUCAGGACCACAGCCCCCAUCGUCUUUCGAUCAUCGAAGAGGCUUCUCGCCAGUCUUCUCGCGAGUCUUCUCGCGACGCCGACGGUACCAACAUGUACGACGAGCAGGGCUUCCUCGAGGAAGAUCCUCCAGAGAUAUACGGUCUCAACGAGUUCGAGCUGAUGAAUUCUAACGUCGGACCCCACGGACCAGGUUAUGGUGCCCUUACCCAGGAGACCGCGGACACGGUUUUGUACGGCAACUGGGAGCAGGACAACAACUUGCGCGAUCUCAACCGUUCUUCAAGUCCGGAUACUGUCGUUCAGUGGGAUGAGAACACGAUGCAGUAUUCUGCCAACGUCUGGGAGCACGGCAAUAGCACCGACUCGGAGUCGUACUCGCGUUCCGUUCAUGAAGGCCCGGAGCUUCAAGAUGCCAGCAUCAAGAUCGAAGGCAUCCCCACAACCAAGGACUGGUCUAUCUUCAAGAGCAACCUGGUUGACUACGGCCCUGACGAGCCUAGCCCCCGACUUCCUGGCUGCUCGGCUGGUCACCCCUACGCGAAGACGUGGAAGAUGUCAGACUCGAUGAUGAUGGCCUACGAUGCUUUACGCGGCUCCAUGAUGCAAGCCAACGAUCCGCUGCGAUCAUGGAUGGAGGUGAAAGCGUUUGAGGCUGCUCUUAGAGCCAAGAGAGACGAUGCCAAGGUGGCCGGUACGGCUUGCCAGCAUGAAGAGGAGUCCAAGGGCAAGGGAAAGUCUGUCGACACCAAUAGCUUUUCUCACAGCCAGCCACAGAAGACCUCCAAGAUGCAAUCGUCACCUGUCAAGAGAGCCGCCACUGCAGGUUUAAGUGCUGAUCAGAAGCGGGAUAUGGAUGCCUAUAUUCAGAUGCUCAAGGAAGCUAACAUGGCCGCUGCCGAGUACCCCCCAGCUGAUGUAGAGAGGAAGACAGCCUACGACAUCCCUCGCCCUAGAUAUCUCCAUGUCGCGCCCAAGUUUGAGGAGUACAGAUUCGAGAACUACCUCCACCCCACUGCCGAGGUCUCUCAGUCCUCCUAUAAGCACCCCUACGACCCGGACCGUGACUUCGCGAAGGAGUAUGACAUCUCGGACGACGAGGGUGAUCCUGCGUCCGGAAGGAUCUCUCCCUGUACUUUUCGCCUUCUUGCUGAGGGCUGUGCCGAGCAGAACCCGAGAGCCAACCAAGUUUUCAUGGCUGAGGAUGCCCAGCGUAUGCGUCCCGCGACCCCCUUGGGCGAUGGCCCUGAAAAGAAUCCCCCCGACCGUCUCACUCUGGCGUUCGAGGUUCAGAGAGACAUCAACGACCAAGGAUGGAUGACGCCCUGCUACUCUGUUGAUUCUGAGCCUUCCAUCAUCUAUCUACCCCCUGGCGUGACCUUGAAGCACAAGAUGCGCAACUGGUGGUUCGGCCUCUUCGACCGCAUGAACCCCAUUGUCGCGCGCCGCUUCCACAAGGUCGAGUUCCGCGAAGACGGCGACCCGAUUGCGCCCCUCGAGACUAUCACCGAGCUUUCCGCCCCUUCUACGGACCCGGCCAAGCUCGGCCGCGCCUAUGCCCACCACUACACUGAAGCCGAGAUCAGCGAGGUCCUCAACACCCCCGGCGCCCGCCACGUCGCCGGCAUCCCUGCCAAGACCGCGGAGGUCAUCAUCACGCAGCGCUGGCAGACUGUCCUCCGCUGGAGGACCCGUGACGGGAACCUGACCCGCCAGAACGACGUCAUGCGCGUCGCCAUCGAGCGGGCAAGGAUCGAGCUCCGCGAGAUGCGCAUGACGGUCGACCACCUCUUGGAGAAGAAGGCCGCGGAGGAGCUCGCCCAGCGCCAGAAGCACCACAGACGCGUGCUGCGCCGGGUGUCGGCGCACCUGCACGAGCUGCGGUACGAGGUCCAGAGCAGAUUCCAGUCCCUCAAGAACGCGGAGGAUCAAAACCAGAACAUGAGGGCGGAGCUGGCUGAGAUUCAGUACCAGAUCAAGGGCGAGUGCUCGAGAGCCAGCAUGUCGGGUCCGAACGAGGUCCGACGGGCUGUCUCGCAGAACUUUCGGGACAAGAUGGCAGCCUUGGAGCUCUCUGAUUGCUUCUAA